AUGCACCCGCCGACGACCACUCGCCGCAGCUCCGGCGACAAAGCCGCUGAAAUCAAACACGACUGGAUCUCCGAAGCAGUAAACGGUGGUUCUCUACGCCACGUGGACCUUAACACUGGAACAAACGGCUGGACCUCACCUCCAGGCAACCUCUUCUUCCUCCGCUCCAACAAUUACUUCACAAAACGACAAAAAUCUCCCGCCGGCGAAUAUCUUCUUUCCCCCGCCGGCAUGGACUGGCUCAAAUCCAGCACUAAACUCGAUAACGUACUCGCACGCGCCGAUAAUCGUAUAUUGCACGCGCUAAGAAAAUCACAAGCUCAAAAUCAAAAUCAGUCGCUAAAAAGCUUCAUUUUCGCGGUAAACCUUCAGAUUCCCGGCGGUAGGGAACAUCACAGCGCAGUGUUCUACUUCGCAACAAACGAACCGGUCCAAACCGGUUCACUCCUCUACAGAUUCGUAAACGGCGACGAUUCGUUCAGAAACCAACGGUUCAAGCUAGUGAACCGGAUCGUGAAAGGACCGUGGAUCGUGAAGAAAGCGGUCGGUAACCAUAGCGCGUGUUUGUUAGGGAAAGCGUUAACGUGCAAUUACCAUAGAGGAUCGAAUUACUUAGAAAUUGACGUUGAUAUUGGAAGCAGUGCAAUCGCAAACGCGAUUCUUCACCUCGCAUUGGGUUAUGUAACUUCUGUUACCAUUGAUAUGGGGUUUGUUGUUGAAGCGCAGACGGAGGAUGAGUUGCCAGAGCAUUUGAUCGGUGCUGUUAGGGUUUGUCAGAUGGAAAUGUCGUCAGCUACCGUUGUUUUAGAUUCGUUUCACGCGCCGAUUUCAAUGGCGCGUGGAAUUGGGUUGGCCAAGGUUAAUCACCAUAAGCCUGAAGACGAAGACGAAGACGACAGCGAAUCCAAUUUUUAG